AGUGACGGCCGCGCGGGAGCGGUCACAUGACCGUAUCGGCUGCCUGUACAGUAAGGACCCAAUAUGGCAGCGGCGGUAGCAGUGGCAACGGCAGGAGGACCGGCCGCCCCAUAGACCCCCCCCCCCGCGCAACACCCCCGCCGCUUCCUCUGUUUGGGUGCUCCUCCGGCCUGACUUCCCCUUUCUCCCACCUUUCCCGGCACCGCGGGAAAAGCAGCGCAGGGCAGAGCAGGCAGGGAGGGCGGCCGGAGCCCGGACACGGGAGCCUCCCAGUCAGUUCAAGACCCGACAUGAGGGAAAAGGGCCGUAGGAAGAAGGGCAGGACCUGGGCGGAGGCCGCCAAGACGGUCUUAGAAAAAUACCCCAAUACACCUAUGAGUCAUAAAGAAAUUCUUCAAGUUAUCCAGAGAGAAGGACUAAAAGAAAUCAGAAGUGGGACUUCCCCUCUUGCAUGCCUGAAUGCAAUGCUGCACACAAACUCGCGAGGUGAAGAGGGCAUCUUCUAUAAGGUUCCUGGUAGAAUGGGAGUAUAUACUUUGAAGAAAGAUGUGCCGGAUGGGGUGAAAGAGCUAUCAGAAGGUUCAGAAGAAAGCAGUGAUGGUCAGUCAGAUUCCCAGAGUUCUGAGAACAGCAGCAGCAGCAGUGAUGGUGGCAGCAACAAGGAGGGGAAAAAGAGCAGGUGGAAAAGGAAAGUAUCGUCUAGACUGUCACAGCCAUCCUCUCCCCAGUCAGGCUGCCCAUCACCCACCAUUCCAGCAGGUAAAGUCAUUUCUCCAUCACAGAAGCACAGCAAGAAGGCACUAAAGCAGGCUCUAAAACAGCAGCAGCAGAAGAAGCAGCAGCAGCAAUGCAGGCCAACCAUGUCCAUCUCCUCCAAUCAGCAUCUCUCUCUGAAGACUGUCAAAGCAGCCAGUGACUCUGUAACUGUCAAACCUGCAAUAUGGGAAGGAAAACAAUCAGAUGGACAGUCAAGCAGCUCUCAGAACUCAAAUUCAAGCUUUUCUUCUUCAGUUAAAGUGGAAAAUCCUUUGCUAGGCUCGGGGAAGAAGUCAUUCCAAAGGUCUGACAGACUCCACACAAGGCAGAUGAAAAGGACGAAAUGUGCUGAAAUUGAUGUUGAGACACCAGACUCCAUUCUGGUUAAUACAAAUCUUCGAGCACUGAUCAACAAACACACCUUUUCAGUUCUUCCUGGAGAUUGCCAACAGCGACUGCUUUCACUACUUCCAGAGGUGGAUCGACAGGUUGGUCCAGAUGGUCUGAUGAAGUUAAACGGCUCAGCCCUUAACAAUGAAUUCUUCACUUCAGCGGCACAAGGCUGGAAGGAAAGACUCUCAGAAGGUGAGUUUACACCUGAGAUGCAGGUGAGAAUUCGACAAGAGAUUGAGAAGGAGAAAAAAGUAGAGCCAUGGAAAGAACAAUUCUUUGAAAGCUACUAUGGUCAGAGUUCUGGCCUGAGCCUUGAGGAUUCAAAGAAGUUGACAGCUUCACCCAGCGAUCCCAAAGUAAAGAAAAGCCCAGCAGAGCAACCAAAAUCCUUGCUUCCUUCAGAGGCCUCUCCUGCCAGUAUAGUCCCAGUAAUGCCCCAGUUAGAGUCAAAAGAAGAAGUAGUGUGUAUGCCAUCACCAGUCAAAAAAGAAGAGCACGAAAGCCAAGCUAAGGUGUAUCCAAACUCGAAAUCCACGGAGCCCCUCCUUUCCUCAGCUAGCGAUACAUAUGAGCUUAGCAGCGUUCUUCCCGUCAAGUGCCCGAAGGAUGAGGCUGUCUCAGAGCAGAAGCCCAUUGCCUCGGCUGAACAGGAGCCUGAGAAAACGAGUCAUCUCACUACAGCUUCCAAUCAUAACAAAAAUGAGAGACAAGAGGCUUUAGUUACAUCUCCAAGCAAAUCCAAGAGUCCUGGAGUGGAGAAAUCAAUAAUGAAGCCCAUCAUAGAAGCAGGUCUACAGGAGACCGCUAUGAAAGAGCCUUCAUCAACUCUGGUUGAUCACAGCCCAGAAAGCCUCAAGAGGAAGUCUUCUCUCACCCAAGAGGAGGUCCCUACGAGCUGGGAGAAAAGGCCGCGUGUCACUGAGAAUCGCCAGCACCAGCAGCCAUUUCCAGUCUCGCCGCAGCCCUUUCUCAAUAGAGGGGACAGGAUCCAGGUGCGAAAAGUACCACCUCUCAAGAUCCCGGUCUCCAGAAUCUCCCCCAUGCCGUUUCCUACAUCGCAGGUCUCUCCCAGGGCUCGUUUUCCAGUCUCCAUCACUAGUCCUAACAGAACAGGAGCCAGAACUCUUGCAGACAUCAAAGCAAAAGCCCAGCUGGUCAAAGCACAGAAGGCAGCAGCUGCCGCUGCAGCCGCAGCUGCUGCAGCCGCCUCCGUUGGAGGGACCAUUCCAGGACCUGGCCCAGGGGGUGGACAAGGUCCAGGAGAGGGUGGUGAAAGGAACACUGCUAGAGGGGGGAACCCAGACUCGGACAGAGUCAGUGAAACUGGAAAGGGCCCCGCACUGGAACUGGCAGGACCUGGAAGCAGGGGAGGUACGAGAGAGCUUUUACCCUGUGGUUCAGAGACUCAGCCCCAAUCUGAGAGCAAGACCACAGGCCAGGCACAGCCUCGCAGUGUCUCUGGAGCACAACUACAGCAAACCCCCACAGUGCCUCCAACCUCUGCCAUCAGUGGAGCAGGCACAAGUAUCCCAUCACCAGCUCACACUAACGCACUCCCACCAGCUUUAGGGAAAUUGUGUCAUGAGAAACUGAAUCCCUCCAAGGCAUCAGCCACAGUGUCCUCUCUUAGCCACCUGCAAGGGCCCAAUCAGUGCAGGCAGGAGAAGGUUUCUUCUGCUCCAACAGGACCUGCUCUAAUCUCAGGUGCCUCACCUGUUCAUUUUGCAGCUGAUGGCACAGUUGAGCCCAAAGCAGGUUCUAGUAGUAAGAAUACACCAAACCCUUCAGCCUCAGCAGAGACAACGGCUAGGGCUUCAGUGGAUAUUACAUCUUCUCCUUUAACAUCUUUAUUAAUAGCAGCCACUUUAGAAAAGCUUUCUAUACCCCAGGUCAGUGUAACUGUAGCACCUACUGGAUUGGCUCCAUCCUCGAGCACUUUGCCAGCAGCUUCUAGCCUUAAAACUCCAGGAACUUCUUCAAAUACAAAUGGACCCAUUUCAAGGACAAGCUCUAGUAUCCCUGCUAAUAAUCCUUUGGUCACUCAGCUGCUCCAGGGCAAAGAUGUGCCCAUGGAGCAGAUUCUGCCUAAACCUCUCACCAAAGUUGAAAUGAAAACUGUUCCACUGACUGCAAAAGAGGAAAUAGGGAUAGGAGCACCCACAGGCACCAACAUAACAGAUAACAGCACCAGAGAGGAAGUUCACGAGAGGCCGUCUCAUCCAGCGAUACAGCAGCUGGGUAAAACCUUGCAAAGUAAGCAUCUCCCCCAGGUUCCGAGACCCCUUCAGCUCUUUUCAGGUAAGGAUCUGAGGGACUCUGGCAUUGACACACACCAACACCAAGAAGGACUAAGUAAAGCAACCCAAGACCAGAUCCUUCAGACUCUCAUCCAGAGGGUUCAUGUGCAGAGGCAGAAUGUUCUCUCCUUUGUACAGCCCUCCCAGUUCAACUUCACUCACUCAGGUUUCCAGUUAGAAAACAUCUCCACAAGCCAGAGGUUCAUGCUGGGUUUUGCUGGCAGAAGGACAUCAAAGCCUGCAAUGGCAGGUCACUACUUACUUAACAUUUCCACCUAUGGCCGGGGUUCAGAGAGCUUUAGGAGGACCCAUUCUGUAAACCCUGAAGACCGUUUUUGUCUGAAUAGUCCCAAUGAGGCCUUGAAAAUGGGAUAUACAGACUGUAAAAAUGCAACCGGAGAUAGUAGCAGCGGUAAAGAAGAUACUGAUGAGGAAAGCACGGAUGAUGAGCAAGAAUCUGGCAUGGUGAAGCAGGAGCCCCCGGCUUCCCAGAGUUCGGGCAAGUGUGAAGCAGGUUUAGGACCCCACAGUAGAGAAACUGUGUCCGCCAGUGAUUGUUUAACUAAAAAGAAUGUGAUGGCAGAGACACCAGUGCACGAGCUAACCACUUUAAGCAAGGAGAAUUACCUGUUCACUAGAGGCCAAACAUUUGAUGAGAAGACUCUAGCCAGAGAUUUUAUUCAGGCAGCACAGAAGCAAAUGGCUCACGCAGCGAGAGGUAAGACGAUGCAUAGCAGCCCUGAGCUUUUCAAUUCCACGGCUCUUCCCCCUGCAGACAGUCCCACCCAUCAGCCUCUCCUCCUCCCACCACUGCAAACCCCAAAGCUCUAUGGAAGCCCCACCCAGGUUGGGCCCAGCUACCGGGGCAUGAUCAAUGUCUCCACCUCCUCUGACAUGGACCAUAACGCGGCCGUACCGGGGAUGCCUGACUGCAGCCAGGUGUCUAGCAACGUAGGUGAUGUCAUGUCCUUUUCAGUGACUGUCACUACCAUCCCUGCUGGCCAAGCUCUGAAUCCCGGCAGCCAUGGCCAGACUAUUCCUGUGCAGGCCUUUCCUGAGGAGAACAGCAUCGAGGACACGCCUUCGAAAUGUUACUGCCGAUUGAAAGCCAUGAUCAUGUGCAAGGGGUGUGGCGCCUUCUGCCACGAUGAUUGCAUUGGCCCCUCUAAACUGUGUGUUUCCUGCCUUGUCGUUCGGUAACGAGACUGGAAAGAGAACAACACACUGGAAAGGAAACAGGAAGGGUUGACAAGAUGUGUUUUUUGCAUCCUUUUGGAAUCACAGAGAUAAAAGGUUUCACUUGUCUUAAGAGACAAAUGUUAAUUAAAUCAGGAAUACAGAGUACAGAUCUUACAUUUUAGAGAAGGAGCACCUUGUAAGUCUGAGUCAAGUAAGACUUGGUGAAUUUGUGACAAGUUUGCACUUACAAAAUCAUGUAAAUAUGUCACAUUUUGUUCUAACAUUUUUCCAAAUGUUUAGGUAAUAAUGUAUUACUUUGGAUUCAGAUUUAUGUUCCACUUCACAGACUCUGAGAAAAAUGUAAUGCCAGGCAUGGUGAAAGGAAGCUUGUCUCCCUUCUGCCUUUUCCUAAGAAGCUAGGAAGGAGUGAAGGAAUGGUCUGGAGAAAUGAGAAGUGACCAUUCAUGCUGAUUGUUUUGACCGUCUGACUGUAGGCUUUAUAUGGAUUAUUCAGCCUUUGCAAAAUUUGGAUUCAGGGUUUACUCAGUCUCUUUACCUUAGAUGCAACAUUCUUAAGUUCCACUUUUUAAUAAGGUAUUAAUUUCACAGCUAAUACUUCACACUUUGAAAGCUCUGAUUGCAAAGCACUCUGCUUGCAAUUUGUGGAUCCCUGCUGUUCCCUAAUCUCACUCCCUGCUCUGAGACAGUGAAUGGUGUGGUCUGUGAUGGGUAUGCUUGUCUGGCCCUUGCGUCAUUGUAGCUUGGGCAGGGCAACAGUCAGAAGUAGUAUCCAGCGACCUAGUCGUUAAUGGGAGCUUACAAACAGCUUUGAGAUACUGGUAGAAAACUAACAGAAAAAUGGUACUGAUGGCGUUGAUUUGAACUAAUUGUUUUGUUGGGCAAUGAGAUAAAGCUGCAAAAACUUACAAAGUGAACGUAAAGAACUUUGGAAAAGGAUUUCAGCAUUAGUAACAAGGUGGCCUCUUUUUUCUUCUCUCCCGAACUGUUACCUAAUGUUCUGUAGUCAGCUGUUGCUGCAGGUAGAAAAGCUCAUUAAUGGCCACAUUUGCCCACCCUGUUGUUAAACCUGCUUUGACCUCCCAGGCAUUUGAGGGGUAUGGAGUAAUCUUAUUAUGUAUUAUUUUGAACACACACCUACAUGCAAUAAAAGUCAUACACUUUUCCUGUUUUAGAAAAUAUGUCCCCUAUUUUGGAUUACUGCUGCCUAUGCACUAGAAAUUUCUGAUGUAAAGAGGCCUGAUGUAAAUGGCUAAGGGAGCAUCUAGAAAGGAGAGAAAUUACCCCAAAGUUUUGUCUGUUUUUGUUUCCUUUUUUGUUGUGUUUUCAAUCCUGUAACUAGUGACUAAAGAAUUUUUGAGUACAUAUAUUAGGUCAUGGUUAAAGAAUAUUAAAAUAAAUCUGUAAUUUACCAGAAUUUGGUAUUUAAAAAUUGGGUAUUGUCAAUGUGCAUCAUUUGCAUGUUGAUUUCAAGUUUCCUAAUUAUAAUUGUGAAAAGUAAAAACUACUGUGACCUAGUACAGUUAUAGUUGUACUUAAUAUUCAGGAUGUGAUAUUUACAACAUGCAGAACAGUGUACACUUGUUAAGUAAGUCACAUUCCACAUGAGGAGAAAGGAGGCAGUGAUUUUCUGCUUUGCUUCUAUUCUGCUACCCUCUCCUCCCCACCCUCUAUGUGAUACACUCUUGUAAUACUUUCAAGCUCUAUAAGAAACUUAUUACUUCACUAUUUUUAGUUUUCUGUGGGGUUUUCUGUGUGUGUAUGGCCCAAAGCAAAUUUAGGAUUAAUAUCUAUGUUCUAGUUUCAUCCAAGACAAUUAGAUGUCCUUCUAACUUCCCUUUUUCUUUCAGCACACACAUAGCUAAGAGACAUGAAACCUGCAAGGAUUCAGCAAUAAGGUUUAAGUUCUUCAUCCAAGAACCAGUAGGAAACAAACCAUGAGUCUGUUCCCAAACUGUUGGUAUCCUGGGUAAUCCAGGGGGCGCUUAAAAAGACAUUGCUGGUUAAGAAUUCCCAUGUCCAGCUUCUACACUCUCCACUUCAGUGGCAGGACUGAGGGCUGGUCUGCAUGCUGGAAGUGGUUGGGGGUGGCAGAACUGCUCCCGUGCUAAACCUUAAUCACCAGUUUGAAUUGAUUAAAGUGAUUUUUCUUCUUUGCACCUUUCCUGUCAUAGAAAGUUUCUCCUCUAUUGUUCCCUUAAUCUGAGGAUGGACAGACUAAUCAGGAAAGGAGGAAAAGCAUCAGGGAUUUUUCAGGUCCAUGUAGAGAGCAAACCAUAUCGUGCCUCUUCAUCUUGACCCAGCCUCUUGCAGGUGAUUCUAAGUAUUAAUAUUCGCCAGAUUUUCUUAACAAAUAAGACGUAGCUAAUAAGAUAUUUGCAUUUGUGAAUACCCAUUAAAACAUUGUUAACCAGGUACACUGCCUCAAUAUUGAUCAAAUGAGAGAAUAGUUGGGUAGGUCAGUAGUAAAUUGAAUCCAUUUAUCAAUUUGUUUCAAAACAAUGGUUUCAAGUAGAAAGUUAAUCUUAUGAGCUGAACAGGGGGAAAAAAUUACGAACUGGCCCUUUUGAAAAGGAAGCAGUAGGAACAAGAAAAUCUUUAAAUUAUUAGAGGAUGGUACUCCAAUACCUUUAAAGCAAUUUUUAUCUUAGGUUUUCGGAAUUACUUUACCUGUCCAUUCAAUCUGAAAUGUUUCUAGUAAGUGCUAAGCUUAUGUUUAUGGUGUUAAGUUGCACUGUUUCCAGUGACUAGUCAGGCGUUGUGCCUGAUGCUUAUGCCUCCAGCGUAUGCUUCUCGAGCCUUCUUCCGAGACCUCCCACUGCAGGUCACCUUGGGGAGAUAGCAUUAACAAUACAUCAUCUCAGUCUCGCUUAUGAAUGUUCUAAGUUUUCCAGUAGAAAAGGUUCCCUGGAUCUUAAAUGUUAAGGAAUUUUAAUUUAAAAUUCUCCAUCCUAUUAAAUAGGAAAUAAAGCCAAAUAACCUGGAGUUGUUUGCUCUACCUUUAUUCCUUAAUUCCUGUGCUCAAGACACUGAAGCUGUGGUAUCCCAUGUAACAUUUUAAAGGAUAAGGUCUGAUAAAUGUGAAAUUCAUCUUGGGGUAGGAGGAGCAUAUUUGCAUGGACUAGAAAGGCACACAGAUGCAGAUGUUUCAGGAAUUAAUUUGGAUUUAUAUAAAGGGAAGAACUCAUCGCCUUCCAGGUGAAGGUAUAAAUUCACACAUAUUAAUGACGCGACAGUCACUAUCCUAAUUGCUUAUUAUUGCCUUUCUCCGCCUUAGAGUCUUUAAAACACUCUUGAAUGAACCGAUUUGUUAAAAUGAGGGGGUCUUCUCUGGUCAUUACACUGCUAUUUAUUUCUAGAACUCAUGGUCAGUGAGUAGUGCCAGGGUGGUUUUCUCUAUGACCUGGAGGUUUUACUUCACAGCACGGAGGGAAAAGUCUCCCCGUUGCUUUACAACAAUGUGCUAAGUAAAAAACUUGGCCAGGGUAGUUUUCACUCAAUUUAUAGAAUAGUCCAAAGAGACUCUGAGAAACAUGAUAGGCAGGGAUCUUUCCUAUCAUGUUUCAAUAUCUACAUGCCUGUUGAAAGAAAACAAUAGGUAAAACAUUUCCUAAAGUUGGAAGUAAGAGCUUCAUAGAUUUCUUGGUUACUUUAUUUUUUUUAAUGCUUUACAUUUGAUACAAUUAUUAAAGAUCAAUUUUAAAAAUAGCUUUCCAGUAAUAUAUUUUAAGUAAUAUAUAUUUUAAUAUCUAUGUAAAAAGUGACAGUGAAAGACUUUGAAUUUCUCAUAUAUGGUAUGUUUAAUGUAGGACCUCACUGUUAAGGCACAAAUGAUUUCAAAGGAAGUUACUCUAAAGACACUCAGAUUAUUUCAAAAAAAAUGCAAUAAGGGGAAUAGUUUUGGAGUUUAUUUUUUAUUUUAAAAGAAAAUUGACUUAUUUACCACAAGCUAUUUUUUUUUCCUUCUGGCUAUAAGGUUUGUACAGACUGGUUUGGUAAAUGCUAACCUUUUGUGUCUUUUGCUUUUUUUAAAGGAAUUGUUAACGUUGGAAUUGAGGGUAUGUACAGAGAAGUUGGUGUCAACACCAUUUAAAAAGUCAUAUUUUUUCACAAAUAUAGAGAAAUCAUUUUACAUAAGAAUUUUAAGUAUUUGCAAUAAAUAUAUGUAUAUAGAUUGUAUGUAUUCAUAUAUUCUUAUUUUUCAUUUUAUUAAGUAAAAGAUAAUUAAAGUGAAAAUAAAAACCUUGGAGUUUUUGGUGAAUCUGGAGGUCUAACAUAUAUCUGAGUGGUGUGGUUAAGGGCCCUCAGUUGUUGCCUUAUAUUACUGCUGGAAGAUUACCACAGGUUGUAUAGAAGGGAGUAAAAUGAGUCAUUUGAUGAGAAUCAGGGUAACAUAUUUCUUUCAGAACUCUGGUAAAAAUUCUCUUAAUCUGUCUGUCUGUUUUCACCUUUGAACUGUUUUGUCUCCUAACCACCUAAUGUCAGUCACUGGGAAAGUAAAACAAAACAAAACAAAACUAUGGUGUAUUCUUUUUUUUUUUCAUGUGCCCAUUGUUUGCUUGUAGAACAAAGAAUGGUAAGAAAAUAUCUCAGGGGGGGAAUAGGUUUUCCUUUCUUCACAGUGGUUAAUAAUUCAUUAGCAGACAUUCACUGCCAUUGCCUUCCAGGCCAGGGGUAUGUGAAGAAAUAAUCUCAUGAAGAUAAUAGAACACUUUUUCUGUUUCCCAGUUUCUCUCUGAGAAAUGAGAUUCAGAGCCAGUUUUCUGUCCCUGGUCUGGACAGUAGAAGAGCUAGGCAGACUUGGAUUUUGAUCUCCCUAGUGUCAGGGAGGGCAUUGAUGAAAAUGAGGACUGAGCCAGAUGUUAGAAGAGCCUAAUUGUCCAUAGUCCUAUACCAGGAGAUAACAUGGAAUCCUGAUGUCCAAGAGAAGUAAUGUUAUGGUUGUAAAAACUUGGUUUUAGGAUGUACUUAAGGAAGCAAAAUGAUACCUGGAUAGUCUUUGGCAAUAAAGGUGUAUAGCCCAUUCUUUAAAAAUUAAUAAUAUAUAGAUUUAUUGAUGACCUGAAAGAAAAUAAGGUCAGAAUUUCAAAAAUGUAUCUUAAUGACCCAUGAAACUGACUUUAUUCUAGUUCUCCCUGAAAUUGCUCAGCUGUGGUUAUUUUCACUGAUAAAAAUAGCAUAUUUUGGAAAUUAAUAAGGAUACAUAGAAUACUUUUUAAAAGACAACCUUACUAUUUUUCAAAAAUUGAAAUUUCAAACAUCGGGGGUUGCCCAAAGAUAGUGAAGAUAGUUUCGCUGUCCAAAAAAACAGAACUCUAAAUCUUUACUGAAAAUACUCUAUUUCUAAAGGAAAUUUCUUAAGUCUCAGGGAAUACCUGCAUCUUCGUAAUUCCCGUAUAUUAUAGAUGGGAAUGAAGGUGAAGUGUUUAAGUGGGUGAAGCAGUCCAUGAUGACCAUUUACAAAGACCUUUCCCACCCCAUUUCUGGUACAUAUUUAUCAUUAUUUAAAUGGGCCUCCUACCUCACUGUAAGUAAAAUUCAUAUUCAGGUAAUGACAGGAGCCUGAAGGUAUAGUUGGUCUGCAGGUGAGAGAGAGCAAUAACACCAGAACACAGCUUCAACUUGAAUCCCCAACUUUGUUGACAUCACAGUCUGAGAAACCUGUUCAUUGGUUUUGACACUACUUUGGACCACAAAUGGUCUUCAGGAAUCAGAUUUUGCAUGUUUCUAGCUAUUUUUGUACAAAUCAUGUUAUUUACUAAUUCUAAUAUUUAUUGAACACCUAUGUGCUGUUCUAAAGUUCUAGUUCUGCACGAGUAAACAAGCAUCCAUGUAAGCUGUGAAAGGUCUUGCUCAAGUGGUAAUCAUACAGCACUUGUCUAGUUCAGAGCUCGAGGAGUAAUACAUGCUACGUAUUUCCCAAGAUGUUGGAAGUUUCAGUGUUAAAUGAGUUAUGAAAUAGUGUUUGGAGGCAUUGGGUGAGACUUGCAAACCAUGAAGAAGAAAAAGGGCAUUGCCCCUAGAUGAAACAACAAUGUGGAAGUGAGGAGCCAUGUUAAUAAAAUUUACCUUUUUUGGUAACUUCAUUGGAAGAUCUACAGUUGUUAAUAAAAAUUUCAAGAAAUCUCUUAGUAAUAUCUACAUUGACAGAAUUAGGCUGAAAGCAAUCCCUUUCCGUUAAUUCUGGUCAGAAUGUCAGUAAAAAUGCUUUAUGUUUAACCCUUUCAAAUAAUGUGCGUAAAUAACCCAAAAGAAGAUAAAGAAUUAAGAAAAAAACCAUACCUUGAUCUUCAUCUGGUAGUCUGGUGAGAGGGAAGUGUAUCCCUGAGGAGGUGUUGCAUCCCUGUUUUGUCUCCAUAAUGGAUAAAAUUAGUGUUCUUUUUUCUAAUACUGUAGAAUUAGCUUUUUUUCUAUCGCUAAGCCAGUGAGCUUGAGUCAAAAGAGGCUUCGGCAGAACUCGAGCCCUUUUCAGUGGCCUAAAUCCUAAUUCUUUGAUAUUCUGUGGUAGAAAGUUAUAAAAGGGUAGAUCAUUAUGUUUUGUCGGUGUUUAUUCAUGAAUUUUUCUUACCAUUUAUCUUGAACCUGGAUUAUUGGAUUUGCAACUGGAAUUCUGUAUGCCAGAAAUACCCACAUUGACCUUUCAGUUAGAGGUAUUAGGUGUAUUCUACUAUGUGAUGCAGCCUCAACUGUGUCCAGGAAGUGGAAGGGUGGAUAUCAGAUAUUUUCCUAGGACUUGGUGACAAACAGAAGAUUGGGCUUCUUUCCUAGAGACUGUAUAAACUAAGGAAUCUAUACCUCCAUGGAACUUUCAGUCUUAAUCUAAAAGAAGAAUCUCCUAGAGAGAUUUCCUUGGAACAGGAAGGACAGACAACCUGGAAGAGAGCCAAAGGUCGGCUGUGACUAGAUAGUGGGUUCUCCUGAAGAGUAAUUUGAAACUCAAAAGAAGCCACAGGGUAUUUAAAAACAUCUGAUUUUCAUCUUGACUGCAAAACCUAGAGAAUGUCUAUGGGAGAAGAAAGUUAAACCCAUGAUUGAAUUUAAGAUAAAUUUAAACUGAAUUUUUUUUUUUUUAAGGUUUUUGGGUUCUGAUAACAUGAUGUUAAACUGCCGUGAGUGGCACAUGGAAUUUGAUCUGACACAUUUUGUGGGCUAAGUAAUUGUUUUCUGUUGAAUUUAGUGGCAGCCUUAGCCACUGAUCAUGAUUUAGGUCUGUGUACCUGUCUGUGUCUGUUAAGUAACACAGACAUUGGCUUAUAAACACUAUUAAAUUUACUUCAGACAACAAUUGCAUUACCUUUAAUCAUGGAUCCUCUUUUUAAAUACUGAAAACUCGGAUUAGCCCAAUAAGAAAGUGAUGUAUUAAAUGCUAUCAAAAUAUCUGAAGAUACUUAAGAACUAUUAUUUUACACACAGCCUGUGUUCUUCCUAUGGAAAGUGUGGUACAUAACAUUUCACGUUUCUUGGGUUCUUUUCAAAGACCAGUGUCUAAUGUUUCCAAAUACUUAGAGAUUAGAAAUGGAGUUGGACUUUGUCCCUAAAUCAGGAAUUCUUUGCAUUUUAGGUUUUUAGGCAGUAGCAGUUUGAAGAUUUCGGUAGUGACCAGCUGAACCUUUAUUUAAUCACUGCACAAGUUUUAAAUUAAUGAAACUCUUCCAGAGUCUCAAAUUUGGUUUCCCUCUUGUUGCAUAGAAGAUAGAUUCUGUGCUGGGAAGAACCUGACAAUUUGUUCUCUGAUAAUAAACUGAUGAAGGGGCAAGUUUGUUCUUAGAGAAUUCAUGAAAUAUAUGGAGUCCAUGAAAGAGCCAGAGUACAUAACAAAUGAAAUUCUAGAACUUAAAAAACUUUUCUCUUAGCCAUAAGUGCUAUGACCUAUUUUUUUAAGAACCCAUCUUAAUUCAGUGACUCAUUGUAUCACACCUUAAGACUUUCACCAGCACCAAGAGAAAUCAGAACGGAAGGAAUGACCUUAAGUUGCUCUUGUUCACUUUGAAAUCUUUGUGCACAUAGGCCUUAGCACUUUGACAGAUAAAACUCUGCCUUUUAGCUCCUCCUCACUAUUGUCUUUAACCCCCCACUUUUAGACUGUUCCUUUAAUUGGUUGUAUAAAACUACCUUCUUCAAAAUUGAAUGUAUAAUAAUGUUUCUGCACAUGGACAAACUGUAACUUAAUGACUCAUUUUAUGUUGAAUAAAGGCAUACAGUUUUGCUCUA